AUGAGAGUAUUUCUAGUUAGAAUAUCACAGAGAAGAUGGACAUUGUAUAGUGAAAAGGCAGAGUUUAUUGCAAACAAGGCGUCGUUGUCGGUCGAGUCUUCAAAUGCAGCCGACAUGGUUAUGGAUGACACUGACCCAGCUAGCAAGAAACAAGAGUCGUCGCAACGAAGUAUGAUGAAGCGGUUGCAAGGUGCCGUCGCAUACACCAAAGCAAAGGCUGUAGAGUCAAGACGCGAGAUUGACGAAGCGUCAGAAGGUGUCGGAGUCAAAGGUCGUCUCAAACAACUACUCAUCUACUUGGAAUCAAAGAUACAUCCAGAAGAAGCAAUCUUUCAACAAUUCUCAUCUAUCAAUGUUGAAGAUUUUAUCGUUGAUAAACAACAACAAUCAACUUCAACGUCAACUUCAUCGUCUUCGUCCGAGACAUUAUUUAAAAUAUUAUACCCAAGUAAUUUGGGUGAAAGAAGAGCAUUUAAAUAUACUGGUGUAGUAGUACGUCAACGUGCAUCGUAUCAUAAAUUCUGGUCUAUCGUUCAUACAUUGAUGAUCCCAUUCACAGUGGCUGCAACCAUUUUACCUGGACCAAAUGUGUUUUUGGCCUAUAACAUUUAUCGUCUCUACUCUCAUCUAACGGCUAUCAAGGGUACCAAUAAUCUAAAGAAACUAUUGAAUGUCUACCCAAAUGAAAUGUUCCAAGCAAGUGAUGCAUUGAUGGAAUAUGAACAACACCAUUUCCAACCAAUUGAACAUACUAUCAAUAUGAAACCAACCACAUCGACAGCAACCACAACAACCGAAUCAUCACCAUUAUUACAACAAAUACAACAACAACAUAUCCAUACAGUCAAACCACAUCAUACACAUAUCCAUAUUCACCAACCAAACUUUAAGUUAAAGAAUGAUUUAAUUGCACGCCUUGCUGGAAGAGUUCAAACUCCUGGUUUACUUGAACACAUUAAAAAGAUUGAAGAGAAUGAAAAGAAACAAUUGAUACAUUAA